AUGACCCUGUCACGGAAUUUAUUAUAUCCGCGAAUCGCCGCGCUACACAAACUAGUGAAAGCCACGAGUGUGCGCUCAAUAAAAACCUCAGCAUGUUUAUCAAGCGGUCAUCACUUAGAGCAUUGGUGGGGUCCUGAGAAAGCAGCUGGACGGGAGGUGGUCGGUUUCGGGUCGACUGGAGAUGAGGUGUAUCAAGAUCGAUUGGAUUAUUGGUAUCCAGCGAUUCGAUUCCGUGUCGAAGACGAUACCAUUAAACCGAUUCGUGCCAAGGAGAUGGGCGACUGGAAAGCGUUGACACUGGACGAGAAGAAGAUGUUGUAUCGUUACAGUUUUCGUCAAACUCUCGCGGAAUUCGAGGCACCGACAGGUUACUGGAAGGUGAUGACCGCGGCUACUUGUGCCAUUAUUGCGUUGGCCACCUUUUACUCACUGCUCCUGCAUAAAUUUGUGUAUCCAGAACUACCCCCAACGUUCCAGAACGAAUACAAAGAGGCACAAGUUGAGCGUAUGCUUGUGCUACAGAAGGGAACCUUCUUGGGACCGGCGAAAUAUUACGAUUACGAGAAUAAUCGAUGGAAACAAUGA